AUGAUAGUGAAGGUGGUGAUGAUGCUGCUGGUGAUAGUGGUGAUGGUGAUGAUGCCUGUGGCCGCCAUGAACCUGCUUUCCGUCUCCGUGGACCAGCCUGUGCUGCGUUAUUUCCUAGACAUGGAGUCAUCUGUGUGCAACCACCACCUGCGCUCAGCGCUGGAGGCCUUCCUGAGGCAGCGCGACCUGGAGGCUGCAUACCGGGCCCUGACGCUGGGAGGCUGGAUGACCCACUACUUCCAGAGCCGGGGCCCGCGGCAGGAGGCUGCCCUCAAGACCCACAUCUAUCGCUACCUCCGCGCCUUCCUGCCCGAGAGCGGCUUUACCAUCCUGCCCUGUACCCGCUACUCCAUGGAGAGGAAUGGAGCCAAGAUCGUGUCCACGCGAGCUUGGAAGAAGAACGAGCAGCUGGAGCUGCUGGUGGGCUGCAUCGCGGAGCUGCGCGAGGCGGACGAGGGGCUGCUCCGGGCCGGCGAGAACGACUUCAGCAUCAUGUACUCCACCCGCAAGCACUGCAAACCCAACUGCAAGCGCCUGCAGCUGGUGGUCAGCCACGGCUCCAUCGACCUGGAUGUCAACAGUGACGGGCCUUGA